AUUUUUCAUGAUGCUCGAGACGCGUAGAUAUCAGUACAUAGAAUUUCUGAGUACCUAUUUAAUACUAAAACUAAUAUUAUAGUCAAUAACACUAUGACAGAGGCAAUUACGUAUAUGAAUAAUGGAAUAACUGUGGGAGAUCAUGGGAAUCGAAACCAUACAGUCCCCAUUGCUCUGGAUGAAUUCAAAUUAGACUCUACGACACGUAAGUACGACAAACAAUAUUAUUCAAUGUAUCAAUAUAGAUUUCAACAUUUAAAGGAUAGAAUAUAUGAUAAUGCCCUUAAGAAAUGGGGCGAUGGAACUAGAAAAAUUGAUGGACAAACCAUUAUAAAACAAGAUAAGAUUUUAGAUAUUACUAGUGGACAAUUAUGUUGGGUAAUUGGAACUAUCUUUUCUGAUUUAAAGAAUAAAUUAAAUAUUCUUGAAGAUGUAGAUCAUGGUACCGAUGAUGUGUUACCUAAAGCUCCAGAUAGUUAUGUAGGUGCCGAUGAUGAUAUUUCAUUCUCAUUAAUGAUUGAAGAUGAAUCUGGACGUGCCAUAUUACAUAAUGAUGAUUUUUUAAAUAAGAAUAUACUUGUUAGUGGAUGUAUUGUAGCAGUAUUAGGAAUUGAACUUCAAGCAGGAAUCUUUGAAAUUAUGGAUGUUGUAUAUCCUGAAUUUGCUCCUCAACCUUCAUUAACAACGAGGAGUAAUUCAGGCAAUAAAAUCGCCAUAAUUUCUGGAUUAAAUGUGGAUUAUCAAAACAAUGAUAUUAAACUUGAUUUACUAAGAGAUUAUCUAACAGGAGAAUUAGGACUGGAAAAGGAUCAUCAAUUAGUUCAAAGUAUUACUAAAUUAAUUAUAGCCGGUAAUUCUGUAAGACCAUUAAAAGUUAUAGAGAAUCAAGAUUUUACUAGUACAAAUAAUUAUGGAUCUAAAAUUGCUAGUAGAUUUGAUAGUCAAUCAAUUGAUAAAUUUGAUAAAUGGUUAACAGAAUUAUUACCAUCAUUACCAAUAUCAAUUAUGCCAGGAAAUAAUGAUAUUGCUGAAAUUUGUUUACCUCAACAAGCUUUACAUAAAUCUACAUUCCGUCAUAAUUAUCAAUAUUUAAGUGAUCCAACAUAUUUACAAAUUUGGACUAAUCCACAAUGGAUUGAAAUUGAUGGUAUAACAAUGUUAGGUACUAGUGGACAAAAUGUUCAAGAUAUUUUACGAUACUUAAAGGAUCAAGAUCAUAGUGCCGAAAAAAUCUUGACUAUUAUGAAAUCACAUAUGAAAUGGCAGAAUUUCAUGCCUACAGCCCCUGAUACUUUAUAUUGUUAUCCAUAUGAUGAAUUUGAUCCAUUCAUUUUAGAAAAGAAGACUCCUCAUAUAUAUUUUGUUGGGAAUCAAGCUGAAUACGGUAGUGAAAUAUUAGAAUUUGAUGGUGGACAAAUUCGCAUUAUUAGUGUACCGAAGUUUGAAGAUAGUGGUCAAGUAGUGAUUGUCGAUUUAGAUACUCUUAGUACUGAAGUUAUUACUGUUGGGUAGUGCCGAGACGUGCAUAGGGAGGGCAAUUACGUCAUGCUCCGGUACUUUCCAUUAACUGUUCUGUACUAUUUAUAGUAUAUAUAUAGUAUAUAUAUAGUAUAGUAUAUACGAUCUACAAUGUAAUAGUAUUGAUUGGUGUC